UAAUUUAUUUGUUGCAGUCAUUAUGGAUAAUUUUGAUUACCUGACGAGAGACUGGUCCAUAUUAGGACCUCAUCACUUAGAUGAAUUUAUACGGUUGUGGAGUGAAUAUGACCCAGAUGCGAAAGGUCGCAUUAAACAUUUGGAUGUAGUAACACUUCUGCGCAAAAUUUCUCCACCACUAGGAUUUGGAAAAUUGUGUCCACAUCGUAUGGCUUGUAAACGCUUGGUGUCUAUGAAUAUGCCCCUAAAUUCAGACGGCACAGUUUUGUUCAAUGCCACACUUUUUGCUGUUGUACGUACAUCCCUAAGCAUAAAAACAGACGGUAAUAUAGAUGAUGCAAAUGCAGACUUACGUGCAACAAUUAAGCAAAUAUGGAAACGAACGAAUCCAAAAUUUUUAGAUCAAGUAGUCCCACCUCCUGGAAAUGAUGAUGAAGUAACAGUAGGUAAAUUCUAUGCCACAUAUUUAAUUCAAGACUACUUUAGAAGAUUUAAGAAACGUAAAGAACAAGAAGGAAAAGACGGCCAAUUAGAAAGUAAUACAAUUACUUUACAAGCUGGCUUGAGAACGCUGCAUGAAGUUUCUCCUGCUCUUAAACGUGCUAUAUCUGGAAAUUUGGACGAAUUAUCAGAAGAACCGGAACCUAUGCACAGACCGGAUCUCGAAUGUAGUUUUUCUAAAUUUGCAUCUUUACGACCACAACAUUGCAUUCUUGCAGGAGCAAGUACAUAUUCUGUUUGUAUGUGCUCCAUACACGAAAACGUACGAUUAAUGAUAGAUGGAGUGAAUACAAAAGCACUGACUGCAUGCUGUAGAAAGCCGAUAAAUAACUAUCAAGAUUGUCUACAGCGCAUGAUUUGCAACACUUCAAGCACAGAAUGCUUUCUAGGAACCUGCGCCAAAUGUCCUGGAACUAAAAAUAUCAAUGCACAACUUCUGGAGAUAUUUGAUGCCAUCAUGCCAUACAAACAAUUGAUUCGUGAAGAGAGAAGCACAUUAAAAACUUUGACAUCAUCAAUAGACGAAUAUUUGCAAUCCUUAAAAGACGGUUUAGACAAAAAGCUGUUGCAUUCCUUUGUCGUUAAAAAACAGGCAGAGUUUUAA